GAUUGGAUGAUCAAGCCCCGCGCCCUGAUUGGUCGCGUGGGCGAGGCGGAGAAGAGCCGUGCGCAGCAGCGUGUGUGGGGCCGUGUGCAGAUCCGCGUGUGGCGCAGGCAAGGACCCUGAAAAUAAACAGCCGCUUCCUUGCGAGUCGCCUUUCCUGGGCCCGCGUCCGAGUCUCCACCGCAGCGGGCCGCUCAGACGCCUAAGCUUUGACUGCAGCCAUGAGCAGCAAUGAGUGCUUCAAGUGUGGACGAUCUGGCCACUGGGCCAGGGAAUGCCCUACUGGUGGAGGCCGGGGUCGUGGAAUGAGAAGCCGUGGCAGAGGUGGUUUUACCUCGGAUAGAGGUUUCCAGUUUGUUUCCUCAUCUCUUCCAGACAUCUGUUAUCGCUGUGGUGAGUCUGGUCAUCUUGCCAAGGAUUGUGAUCUUCAGGAGGAUGCCUGCUAUAACUGCGGCAGAGGUGGCCACAUUGCCAAGGACUGCAAGGAGCCCAAGAGAGAGCGAGAGCAAUGCUGCUACAACUGUGGCAAACCAGGCCAUCUGGCUCGUGACUGUGACCACGCGGAUGAGCAGAAGUGCUAUUCUUGCGGAGAAUUUGGACACAUUCAAAAAGACUGCACCAAAGUGAAGUGCUACAGGUGUGGUGAAACUGGUCAUGUAGCCAUCAAUUGCAGCAAGACAAGUGAAGUCAACUGUUACCGCUGUGGCGAGUCAGGGCAUCUUGCACGGGAAUGCACGAUUGAGGCUACAGCCUAAUUAUUUUCCUUUGUCGCCCCUCCUUUUUCUGAUUGAUGGUUGUAUUGUUUUCUCUGAAUCCUCUUCACUGGCCAAAGGUUGGCAGAUAGAGGCUACUCCCAGGCCAGUGAGCUUUACUUGCGUGUAAAAGGGGAAGGGGUGGAAAAAAACCGACUUUCUGCAUUUAACUACAAAAAAAAGUUUAUGUUUAGUUUGGUAGAGGUGUUAUGUAUAAUGCUUUGUUAAAGAACCCCCUUUCCGUGCCACUGGUGAAUAGGGAUUGAUGAAUGGGAAGAGUUGAGUCAGACCAUUAAGCCCGUUUUGGGUUUCUUGAAUAUGUUCCCAUGUAGGAGGUAAAACCAAUUCUGGAAGUGUCUAUGAACUUCCAUAAAUAACUUUAAUUUUAGCAUAAUGAUGGCCUUGGAUUGUCUGACCUCAGUAGCUAUUAAAUAACAUCAAGUAACAUCUGUAUCAGGCCCUCAUAAACAUACAGUUGAGUGGGAGUAAACAAAAUGAAAGACAUAUACGUGUUAAUGGCUGUGCGAGAGAAAUCGGGAUGAAAGCCUAAAUAGGAGCAGCUUCAUUGCAGCGUUGAUGCUGGACAUACAGAUGGUGAUGGUAAAGGUUUAGAAUACAUAUUUUCAAAGACUAAAUCUAAAACCCAGAGUAAACAUCAAUGCUCAGAGUUAGCAUAAUUUGGAGCUAUUCAGGAAUUGCAGAGAAAUGCAUUUUCACAGAAAUCAAGAUGUUAUUUUUGUAUACUAUAUCACUUAGACAACUGUUUCAUUUGCUGUAAUCAGUUUUUAAAAGUCAGAUGGAAAAAGCAACUGAAGUCCUAGAAAAUAGAAAAUGUAAUUUUAAACUAUUCCAAUAAAGCUGGAGGAGGAAGGGGA